GCCGCCUCGCAGCUCGCUGUGCGCACAGCCGGCGGCGGCAGCGGCCGCACUGCGGGGCCGGGCCCGCCGGGGCGGGGGAAGGGGCACUCGGCGGGGCCGGAGCGCGGCCGGCGGGCGGGAGGGAGGCGGUGCCCCGGGGGCGGGCGGGGCUAAUCGCGGCACGUGGUCGGCGGCAUCAGCAUCAUGGCGCAGCUCACGGCGCGGUUCCGCACCGAGAACCGCAGGUACACGGUGGAGGAUGUGCCCUUCUCGGUGCCUGCGGCCUCCGAGACCACCGACCUCAGCCAGCUCAUCAACAAGCUGCUGGCGGCCGGCAACGCGGAUCACAAAUAUGUGGAAUUCGACUUCCUCAUCAAUGGGCAGUUCUUGCGAAUGCCACUGGUUACGCACAUGGAAAUGGAAAAUAUCUCCACAGAAGAAGUGGUGGAAAUAGAGUAUGUGGAGAAAUACAUGGCCCCUCAGCCAGAGGAAUGCAUCUUCCACGAUGACUGGAUCAGUUCAGUUCAAGCCACUGAAGAAUGGAUAUUAACUGGCUGCUACGAUCAGACUGCUCGAAUCUGGUCUUUGGAAGGAAAGUCCAUCAUGACAAUAGCUGGGCAUACAGAAGUAGUGAAGGAUGUGGCAUGGGUGAAGCAAGAUAGUUUAUCGUGCCUGUUGCUCAGUGCUUCUAUGGACCAAACUGUGCUGCUGUGGGAGUGGAACGUGGAGAAAAACAAAGUGAAAGCCCUUCACUGCUGCAGGGGACACGCUGGGAGUGUAGACUCUAUAGCUGUUGAUUGCACGAGAACUAAAUUCUGCAGUGGAUCCUGGGAUAAGAUGUUAAAGAUCUGGUCUGCAGUACCUACAGAUGAAGAGGAUGAAAUGGAAGAAGGAGCAAACAGACCACGGAAGAAGCAGAAAACUGAACAGCUGGGACUAACAAGGACUCCCCUGGCAACUCUCUCAGGCCACACAGAAGCUGUCUCCUCUGUGCUGUGGAUAGAUGCUGAAGAAAUUUGCAGCGCAUCAUGGGACCACACCAUUAAACUCUGGGAUGCUGAGACUGGAGAUCUCAAAUCAACCCUGACAGGAAACAAAGUGUUUAAUUCUGUCUCCUACUCACCACUGUGUCGACGCCUCGCAUCCGGGAGCACUGACAGGCAUAUUAGACUAUGGGAUCCUCGCAGCAAAGAUGGCUCCUUGGUUCUGCUGUCUCUGACAUCUCACACAGGCUGGGUGACAUCUGUGAAGUGGUCACCUACCCAUGAGCAUCAGCUGAUCUCUGGUUCUCUUGACAACAUUGUGAAGCUCUGGGACACAAGGAGUUGCAAAGCUCCUCUGUAUGACUUGGCUGCUCAUGAAGACAAGGUUUUGUGUGUGGACUGGACAGAAGGAGGGUUGCUGUUGAGUGGAGGUGCAGACAACAAACUGUAUUGCUACAGAUACCCAACUACAGCCUCUGAUGUUGGAGCAUGAAGGUCAACAGCCAGAAGACUUAAAAAAAGUUGAAAAGAUUUUUGCAGCAGUUGUUCUUUCUGAAGAAAGGAGCUUUUUGUUGCUCAGAGCUCUGCUGUUCUUGGUUUUAUUCUUGAUAACCUAUAUCCAUAUUUAUCACAGAAAAAUGGCCCCAAGCAGUUACAAAUGUGAUUAGCGUGAAACAAAGCAAAGAGUAUUUCCUUCCUUUUUGAUAGCUAUUUGUAUAGCCCUUUUAAUACAGAGUAAACUGCUCCUGAUACUUACAAAAAAUUACUCAUUAGAUUAAAUUAUUUUUUUUUUUUUUUUAGUUUACCUUCUUUCCCCUGGAAAAAACAAUAAAGCUUUUAUCUACAGUUCAUUCUUAGUGCCUCACUUCAGAUAAAAGUCAGAAUUAGCUCUCCUUUCACUACACCUGUUAGCAGUUCUUAUGAUUAGGUCCUUAACCGACAAUCCCAGAUUUCUUUCUUGGAUGAAAACUUAGUAUGUUUGCAGUGCAAAUGGUAUGAUAUAAAGGAACUUGACAGAUUUCCUGGCAGAUGAAAUAGUCCUUUUUUGUUGCUCAUAAGUUAGGGCUGUACAUUUUUAUAUGUAUAGAAACAAAUGGAGGAUCACACAGAGAAGGCAGAAGAAAAAAUAAUUUGUUCAUAGAAAGAAUGGAUACAAAAAGUUGCAAUAGUUUUUAGGUUGAUAGAGGGUAAGAACUAUCCAGACAUGCUCAUUUUCUCUGCUGGUGGGCUUGCUUUUAAUUCAGCAUUUAAAUGAAAAAAGCUCUUAACUGCAGUUUGUUAGAUGUCAUGUGUGUGAUGUUAAACCAGCUUAUAUGUGUGUUUAACUGUGGAAGCCAAAGCUUUCAAUAAGUGUAAGACCUGUACAGCACAAUCAAGUCAAAUGCAAUUUGCAGAGUUAAUUUUUCUUGGAAAGAGUCAAAACUCUGACCACCAUGGACAGGGUUCAGAGUAAGCAGCUUAGGAAAUACCAGAACAGCAAAUGUAUGGAGAACACAGCAAGCAUACAGUGGAAUGAUCUCUGAUCCCUUGGCUCUGCAUGUAAUGUACAGCAACUAAGACUAACCUUUAUUUACAAAUGCUGCUUGCAACGUAUUAGUUGUCUUACCAUCAUUUUAUUAUCCAGGUGCAUGUUCUUAGUAUGUGCUUCAUCCUUUCUAAAGCAAUAAACACUGAAUAGUGAAUAUACCUUAA